AGGACAGCUACGCGUGCGAGUGAACGCCCGCUGUGAUAUUUAGAUUUUAGUGUGCACAUCGUAUAGUAUUUAUACGCACAAAGUGAACUUUUGGACGAUUUAAAUGCGUUUGUAAUACCGAAUACUGGACAGUUUAAGUACUUCAUUGUUUAUGUCAUAAUUUUAAGGAAAAUAAUAGAUAAAGUAACGAAAUGUGUCUCACAAACAAAACGCCCAACACAAGAAAACAAAGGGAGGUGCUCAACAGGAGAUGAAAUGUCAAACAUGGCCUAAACGAUCGCUAAAAGUUCACUCGUACCCUCGACACCACAAAUCAAAAUACUAAAAUAAGUGCCUGUAAUUAGAUAAUUUUACGAUAAUAUUUAAAUAUAUUUAUGCGACAAUAUUUAUUGAGUAAGUUCCUUUAUCAUAUCAGAGAUAAGACUUAGGCGGUAUAAUUGGAAGCAUAGUGCCAGAGUAGUGGGUCGCGAUGUCACACGGCGGCGUGAAGAGCUCGCGGAACGGGCACGCGGGGGCGGAAUCCCCGACCGACAGCCUGCCGGCGCCCCCCGACGGCGGCUGGGGCUGGGUCGUCGUGUUCGCCUCCUUCAUGAUACACAUAGUCACUGACGGCAUGACCUACUCGUUCGGGGUGUUCUAUUCGGAGUUCCUGACCUAUUUUAAUGAAGGCAAAGGCAAGACUGCAUGGAUCGUAUCCAUUAUGGUCGGCGUCACGCUAAGUUCAGGUCCAUUAUCGAGCUCGUUCGUGAACCGCUGGGGAUGUCGGACGGUGACGGUGGCCGGCGCUCUCCUCUCCUCCGCCUGCGUGGUGCUCUCCGCCUUCGCCAACAAUGUCACCACACUCAUAUUCACCAUCGGCGUCGGCGCCGGCUUCGGCUUCGGCCUCAUAUACUUACCCGCUAUCGUCAGCGUCACGGUUUGGUUCGAACGCUACAGAAGCCUCGCUACAGGUAUUGCCGUUUGCGGGUCCGGCCUAGGGACCUUCCUAUUUCCUCCGAUCACGUCAGCCCUGAUAUCCAACUUCGGAUGGCGCGGUGCCAUGGCCUUGAUCGGCGCAUUCAUACUGAACUGCGUUCCCCUGGGGAUCAUGUUUCGCCCGGUACCGGAGCGGGUACAGAGCCCCGUGACCGAGCCGAUGCUGCCGAAAACACAAAAAUCUCCGCUGAAAAGGUCCCAAAGCUCCGAGCACGUCGCCCGGGCCAACGGGAAAGUGGACGAGGACGUCUCCAGAUUAACAUUAUCGCAGCCCAUACUCAAUGACUCACAGGAACAGAGAAGCUUGGCUCAAUCUCGCCAGGGAAGUGGAAUAAUGCAGAGGCCGGAUGUCCUGUAUCAAGGGAGUAUGACGAGCCUGGCGAGGUACCGGGGAGCGUCGCCUGAGAGAAUACAGAUUUCGGUGAAAACGGAGGAGCGCAAACAGAACUGCGGAUGGCUCCCGUGCUCGGAGGAAUUUAAAGCUGCGCUAUCGGAAAUGUUGGACAUAUCUCUACUCGUUGAUCCAAUAUUCGUCCUAUUUUGUUUAUCUAACUUUUUAACGAGCAUAGGAUUUUAUAUACCGUACGUUUACACUGUGGACAUGAGCAAAAAAUUGGGAGUCGAAAAUCCAGAAUAUUUAAUAUCUAUCAUAGGGGCUGCCAAUUUAGUCGGCAGAAUAGUCCUGGGGUACAUCAGCGACAAGCCUUGGGUCAACCGGUUGCUGGCGUACAACGUGUGCCUUACGAUUGCAGGAAUAAGUACCGCGAUGGCGAUGGCAUGCUGGGAGUUUUGGGGUUUGGCCAUGUAUGCCGCCGUGUUCGGGUUCACGAUCGGUGCCUACGUCGGCCUCACCUCCGUGGUGCUAGUCGACCUCCUCGGCAUUGAGAAGCUGACCAAUGCGUUCGGACUGCUUCUGCUGUUCCAAGGAAUCGCGUCCCUUAUUGGACCGCCAUUUGCAGGUUGGCUGUACGAUACUCUGCAGUCGUAUUCACCCGGAUUCUUCGUCGCGGGUGGGACGAUUUCCCUGAGCGGAGUGAUCCUGUUCCUCAUACCCGUCUUAGAGAAGCGCAACAACCGCCAGAGGUGGAUGCAGGAUACAGUGCUGGAACAGAUUUAGCAGGAAAACUCAAGGGGGGCGAAGCACCCACCAAUUAUCGUGCUCAAUAGCCCCUCUACACCUUCUUCAAAAUACUCCACUGAGGACACUUACAGUAACGAGUGAAUGU